UGUCAGCCUACAUUUUAAGAGGGAUGUGAAAGAACCGAAGUUACAGUGCGAGGGCUGACUUAAGAAGGAAGAGGUCAUUACCGAGUCUGGCAUCAUGGGGGAGUGGUCCUUUCUGUCUGCAUUGUUGGACAAGGUACAGUCACACUCCACCGUGGUGGGGAAGGUCUGGAUGAGCGUUCUUUUCCUCUUCAGGAUCUUCAUCCUGGCUGCUGGCGUAGAUAAAAUAUGGGGAGAUGAGCAGACGAACAUGAAAUGUAAUACAGAAAGCCCCGGCUGCAAGCUGGCCUGCUACGAUCGAUCUUUCCCUAUCUCUCACACACGCCUCUGGGUCCUCCAGAUCCUCUUUGUCUCUACACCCACGCUCAUCUACCUGGGCCAUGUCAUGCUGGUGAUUCGCCGAGAGAACAAGCUGAGGGGACGCUUGGAGCAGAAACUUGGUAAAAAUGGGAUGAUUAAAGCUCCAAAGUAUUCAGACGAACAUGGCAAAGUGCAGCUCAAGGGCAUCCUGCUGUUCAGCUACAUGCUGCAGCUGCUGUCCAAGAUCCUGCUUGAAGUUGGGUUCAUUGUAGGCCAGUACUACCUUUAUGGCUUCAUACUUAUGCCUACCGUGAUUACAUUUGACACCUACCCCUGUCGGACGCCAGUGAACUGCUUCAUCAGUCGACCCACUGAGAAAUCCAUCUUCAUCAUCUUCAUGCUGACGAUGGCCAUCUUCUCUGUGAUCCUCAACAUCAUGGAGAUGUUCCACCUGAUGAUCUCCAGGAUGAGGGAGAAGAAAAGGAGGAACAGUGGCUCAACACCUUGACGAACGACUGCAAACCGAGAUAUUCGGCUAGACAUAACUUCAGGGUACUCCAUCCAUCCAUCCAUCCAUCUAUCUUUCUAGACUUCAGAAUGCUUCACCCUACCGUGUGCACAGGUCAGGGUUUUUAAUACCCACACCCACCCAGCCCAUUAUGAAAGCCAACUCUUACUACUCCAUGUAGAGCUAAUCUGCGACCCAUGCCAAGGUGGAUCAGCAAAACAACUUCAUACAUUACUGAGGACAGAGGCUAAGACAAAGGGUGACACUGCUCUGCUGUGCUCUCAGAGAUGCUGAUUACUGCUGGGGGCAGAGGGGUCCAGCACAGAGUGCUCUCUCUCCCUUUCCUCUUUCUUUGUGGGAAGAUCUCCGCUAAGUAAAUAGAGUAAAUGAAAAUAAAUGAAUUGUUGUUCCGAACAGUGGUAUUAAUUGUUACAUUAAAGGAGCAAUUUGUAAUCACCUGCUUUAGCUGUACUGGGGACAGUACUUCACCCUUUCUCAACAAUUAGUUCAAACCCUUUUUUGUCACUGCUGUGUUUCUUUUACUUUAAUGCAAAUGUAUUAUUCCAAGUUGGUAAAAUUGUAAAGACUGAAAUAAUUCCUACUGUGUAUGUUUUUACUCAUAAACUCACCAUUCCUCAUCUGCA